AUGACUGCAGAGCAAACAAAUACAGUAAAUGUCGGCACACGAGAGUCGCCCUUGGCCAUGGCCCAGGCCCAUCUUGUCGUCAAGGCCCUCAAAGCAGUCCAUCCGGCUAUCGACUUUCCCAUCCACGGCAUGACGACGACCGGCGACCGAGAUCAGAACACAGCACUAUACAAUUUUGGAGGCAAAGCACUCUGGACGUCCCAGUUGGAAGAGAAGCUUGUGAACAAGGAGCUUGAUAUUGUGGUACACUGUCUUAAGGACAUGCCUACGACGCUGCCUCCCGGAUGUGUCUUGGGAGCCAUCACUUCGAGAGAAGACCCUCGUGACACGCUUGUAAUAAAGGAAGCUCUCGUUCAAAAGCACGGAUGGAAAACAAUUGCAGACUUGCCAUACGGCAGUGUUGUUGGCACCAGCAGUGUCCGCCGAAUCGCCCAAAUGGCUCGCAGAUACCCCUAUCUUAAAUUUAAGGACCACCGCGGCAACAUCAACACACGAUUACGCAAGCUUGACGAGGACCCAGAACUUAGCGCGAUUAUCCUGGCUGCGGCAGGCUUGGACCGUAUGAACUUUAGCGAUCGAAUCUCACAACACUUGGACUGGGAAAACGGUGGCAUGCUCUACGCAGUUGGCCAGGGAGCCCUAGCCAUUGAGUGCCGUGAAGGCGACGAGAGAGUGUUGGAGAUUGUCAAGGCUCUACAAAAUAGCAAAACAACCAUGUCGUGUCUGGUCGAACGAAGCUUGAUGCGCAGUUUGGAAGGCGGUUGCAGUGUGCCCAUCGGUGUUGAGACUACGUGGGUUUCUGAGACUGAAUUGCGUGUUCGUGCCACGGUCGUAUCUGUCAAGGGAGACGAGGCGGUCGAUACAGAUAUAACGGCCACCAUCCAUACUGAAGACGAAGCAGAUGAGCUAGGCAAGCGUGUUGCAGCGGAUCUAGUUAGUAAAGGUGCAAACAAGAUCUUGGACGCCAUCAAUGCUACCAAGCCAAAGGCUACCAGCUAA